UGCUGUAUACGUCGGUAUGUACUGUUCUCGAACGUACUGGUCUUUCGGGCUGUGACGCCACGAAAAUGUGGGUGUUGACCAAAGAAUUAAAGAGUUCUUGUGUUCUGAACGUUGCGGUCUACUGUAACUGGUAACUACAAAUGAUAAUACUAAUGAUCCCUGAUUUUAUGAAAACCGUCAGCCAUCCUAGAGGGACUGGAUACAUCAAUAUCAAUUUUGAAAGCUAUGGUGGAAAAGCACGGCCACAUGUGGGUCUGGCCAGCCCUUCUCGGGGCAGUCGUUUUCAUAGCGUUAAUAUAUUUUGUGCAUCAAGCCUAAAACUGCGAGUAUCAAAGGAAAAGGCGGUGGGGCAGGGGAUGCCAGCCCCAGGUGCCCGCAAGAACGGGCAAGGCAAAAGCAAAAAGAAGGCGGUGGGGAAGUGACCCCCACCGUCAACAGGCGCAGAAAUGUUCAGCAUAGGCCACCAUGGCGCUUUUAAAGGUAAACUGAAAAAAAAUUUCAAUGACCUCAACGGGAACAACACCACUUCUUCUUCUUCUUCAGUUAUAAACUCAUAAAUCCUUUAGGUCUUCCCUUACGUCAUUUCUCCAUCUAAUCUUAGGUCGGCCUCUCUUUGUUAUGGCAUGUGGCUGCCAGUCAUAUAUUCUUUUAACUGUUCGUCCAGCCUCCAUCCUUGAGAUGUGUCCAAGCCAACUUAUUCUUUGGGCUUUGAUGAAGUUAACUGUUCCUUCCUUUUAUUAGAUUAUCUAGUUCGCCAUCUGUUUUAACUCUCCAGGAGCCAUCACGGUUUCUUGAUGGCCCGAAGCUUUCUAUUAGAAUUUCCCUUUUUAAGACUAAAGUCUAUGUUUAAUGGUUCCUUUGAGUGUGCAGUUUUCGCAGGCAUAGUUUACUGUUGGUCGAAUUAACAUCUGGUAUAAUUUUAAUUCUGGCUGUUUUAGAAAUAAAUUUACCUUCAAGCAAUGUUAAAUGUGCAACAUAUGAUUCAUUUCCAAUCACUAAUCUCUCUUUAAUCUCUUGUUCGUUUGUGUUAUCUGAAUUAACUAUAUACCCCAAACAUUUAUAAUAAGAAACUUGUUCUAUAUUUACGUCACUGCAUCUGAGAUCUUCGAUUAUUUUAAUUUUUUUUAAUUGUUAGUGGGGUGGGACUAUGUCCCUUGUACUGCAGCCAC